CAGAGCCACAGCGGAGGAGGAGAGGCUGGACAUGGGGGAGCCGGCGAGCAGGCCCGUCUGAUCCACAGAAAUUCGUUUUUUUGUCUUCAUGUGCUCACACCGGGGGGGACACACACAGACGCCGAGCUGGAGAGGCCAUAGGAGGACGGGGAGACAAGCGAGGGGGUGAGGAGGACCGGGGAACACGGCUACUGACCCAUCCCGGAGCAGCAGCGCGCGCUGGGGGACAAGAGGAGACACGAUUCCGCUCGAGCUGAUGGACUGAGGACAGAUGAAUGAAGACUGCCUACACUAACGCCUAUCGAUGCCUGGCCAAGGACCUGGACGCUUACGCCAUGAACACGGACAUGACAAUGGACGGCAUCGGCACCCUGCACGGGGGGGUGUCGGUGAGCUCCGUGGCCCCUGACGCGGAGCUGCUGAGCGGCCACAGCCCGCACCACGGCCGCGGCAGCUCGGCGGCGUCCACGCUGCGGAUCCACCAGGACCUGGCCGCCGCCGCCGCGUCCUCCCGCUCGGCCAUGGUGUCCGGCAUGGCGUCGAUCCUGGACGGCAGCGGGGAGUACCGGCCGGAGCUGUCCCUGCCGCUGCACCACGCCAUGAGCGUGCCGUGCGACUCGUCCUCUCCCGGGAUGGGGAUGAGCGGCACCUACACCACCCUGACCCCCCUGCAGCCGCUGCCCCCCAUCUCCACCGUGUCCGACAAGUUCCACCACCACCACCACCACCACCACCAGCGGCUGUCCGGGAACGUGAGCGGGAGCUUCACCCUGAUGCGGGACGAGCGCGGGCUGCCGGGCAUGAACAACAUCUACAGCCCCUACAAGGACCACAUGUCCGGGAUGGGUCAGAGCCUGUCCCCGGUGCUGGGCAACGGCCUGGGCUCCCUCCACAACACCCAGCAGGGUCUCCACAACUACGGCGCCGCGACGCACGGGGGCCACGACAAGAUGCUCAACUUCGACCCCGCCACCGCCUCCAUGCUGGCCCGGGGGGACCACCACCAGCACCGGGGCCUCGGCGGCCCCGCGGUCGGGAUGAUGCCGCACCUGAACGGCAUGCACCACCCGGGGCACCCGGUCGCGUCCUCGGCGGGCCACCACCCUCACCCCCACCUUCAGUCUCCGUCCCACGGACCCGUGCUGGCCUCCACCCGGGACAGACCGCCCUCCUCCUCGGGGACGCCGGGGGGGCCCGGCUCGGGGCAGCUGGAGGAGAUCAACACCAAGGAGGUGGCGCAGAGGAUCACCGCCGAGCUCAAGAGGUACAGCAUCCCGCAGGCCAUCUUUGCCCAGCGGGUGCUGUGCCGCUCCCAGGGGACCCUGUCGGACCUCCUGAGGAACCCCAAACCCUGGAGUAAACUAAAGUCCGGCCGGGAGACCUUCAGGAGGAUGUGGAAGUGGCUGCAGGAGCCCGAGUUCCAGAGGAUGUCCGCGCUCAGACUGGCAGGAGACACAGGAGGAGACACAGGAGGAGACACAGGAGGAGAGCCGGUGGUCUCUGGGGGGUGGCGGUGGAGGAGGUGCAGGGGAGGCUGUUCUGAGAGCCACACCGCCCCCUUCAGUCCACCCCGGGCUCUACAGGAACCCCUGGGACCGGACCAGACAGGUCCAGCUGCUGAGGGGGAACCUGAGCAGAACUUUAAACUGAAGUCGGACCCGGUCCUCCAGAUCCACACCGGGUUUUGA